AUGGAGAUGUGCGUAUCGCACGAGCAGGCCCCGUGCUGCUACAGCUUUGCCGACUCGUUCAAAAGUGUGGCUGGGCUCUCUGUCUGGGAGAAUCUCCGACGGGUGCCGAUAUUCGUCAAUUUCGAGGACGCGGUCGGGAAGACAGACAUUGAGAAUACGUACAGGUUCAUCAACAGCCGCGAGAUCGUGCGGCUGACGUCGUCGCUGUUUGCGGAAAUCGACGUUUCGGGCGGGCUGGUGGAGCCGUUUCUUUUGGCACGGUGUUUCCUGUUUGGCUUUGCUAUUCUGGUCGAAAAGGACAAGCACGAGCGGUACAAUCGUGCGCCGAUGUACGCGGUGCGGCUGAACGCGUCACAGCCGUUUUUCGACCGGCUGGCCAAGGACUUCCCGAACCUGAAGCAGCACCACCUCGACGACAGCUACUACGGGUUUCUUGUGGCUGAGCUGCACACCGCCACAGGCGCUCAUGGCCAGCUACUACCCGGUCUUCCAGGUGUUCAAGUUCAACCACUGGUUUCGCAGUCUGGCGCUGCUGUCGGAGAGCAACGACGGGCUGAGCAAGCACCUGGGCUUUCUGCGCACGAUGCGCUCUCUCACCGCCGACAACGACGUGCUGCUCAACGAGUACAGGUACAUGAUCCGCAAGGGCGAGUCGUUCAUCAAGGCCAACAAGGAGCGGUUUGCGCGGCUCCAGGGCGACGGCCGCGUCGCCGGCCUCGCGUCGAUCGACGCCAUGGAGCAGGAGUUUGUGGCGCGGCACAAGGCAGCCGUGCUGUCGGGUUCGUCGCUUACAGACGACAACCCGCUGAUCUCUGUGUCGUCGCGGAGCCGGUCGACGCUGCGCAGCGCCGCGCAGCGGCCCGUGUCGCUUGUCCCGCCCACGUUCUCGGUCGACAACUGGCGCAAGUACCUGUUCAAAGUGCUGCUCGAGUUCCGGUCGCGGGGCGCGCAACUGCGCAUGCGGACGGGCAAGUCGCCCCGGCUCGGAGCAGAGCCGCUGGCCGCCGAGUGCGACCUGCUGGCCGAGUACGUCGACCAGCUGCAGCCAAACAUCGAGGCGAUCCGCGAGUGGCUCGGGCUCAAGACGUACAACGAGGGCUGCAUCGAGGCGAUCGAGCGGCUCUCGUACCUGGACUCGGUCGAGUCCAUGAUGGUGGACGUGGUGCAGAUGGUGGAGCGGUGUCUGUACGCGAUGUUCGUCGUGGUGGAGGACUCGAAACGGACGGUGAACCUGGUUUUCGCGCAGUCGGCCGAUCACCGCAGAGAAAACUCGACGGCCAUUUCCUUCCUGUCAGACUCGGUGCUCGUGCUCAGCAAGCUCCACAGCGGCAAGCUGCGGCUGGCGGAGUACUUCGAGAUGAGUCUGGGCGUGCUGAUCUGCGAAACACCAGACUUUCUGCGGUGCGAGGCCGAGUCGCUGCUGGCGCAGACGGCCCAGAUCGACAAGGCGUUCAUCCAGCGGUUUGUGGAGUUCGUCAAGGACUGCAUGGUGUUUGGGAUGAACAACUGCGUCAAGAGCUGUCUGCGGUUCAUUGGCAGCAACAUUGUGGAGUUCGAGCGCGACGUUUUCGCGUGCAACUAUCCCUCGUCGAAGGUGUCGCUCAACUUGCGCUACCCCAAUCUGUACAAGCAGAUGCAGCUGCACAAGGAGCAGGAGCCGGCCGGCGGCGAGCCGACCGCAGAGACGGCGACGCUCGCGUUCUACAACCGGCUGUUUGCGGCGUUUGUGUGCAGCAGCAACACGGGCAAGCUGUACGAGAUGCCCGAGUUUCUGGAGAGCUUCUCGAUCCAGCUGAUGGAGCUGAGCAACCAGGUGCGCACUCUGGUGACGCUCCAGUCGGUGACGGUGAUUCUGAUGAGCUCGCUGGCGACUCGCACGGCACUGCUGCCGGCGGAGCUGCAGCACAGCUUUUUUGCCGACAAGUCCCGGCAGCAGCUCGUGGAUUUCGGAAAGCUGCUGGUGGAGCUGGACGGGUUCCUGUUGAACUACUUUGA